GCCCAGCCCAGCCCAGCCCAGCGAGUGUUGCGGAGGCGGUGGCCGGCCAAACCUCACUUCUCCCUCUGCCAGCCGUCGCUCCAGGCUGCUUUCUGCCCGGUCUGCCUCCUUGAAACCCCUGCCAAGAUGCCUUCCCAGCUGGAGCAUGCUAUGGAGACUGUCAUGUUUACCUUCCACAAAUUUGCCGGCGACAAGAACUACCUAACCAAGGAGGACCUGCGGGUGCUGAUGGAAAAAGAGGUGCCGGGGUACAUGGAGAAUCAGAAGGACCCCAUGGCCAUCGACCGGAUCAUGAAGAACCUGGAGGAAUGCCGGGACGGCAAAAUCAGCUUUGAAGGCUACCUGUCCCUCUUUGCCGGGUUGACCAACGGCUGCAACGAGUAUUACGUUAAGAAAAUGAAGCCGACGGGAAAGAAGUUCUGAAGACUCAGACUGGCUCUUUCCCAAGCACUGACGGCCCGUUUUGGCCCAGGGAGAGCUUCAACGGUGCUCGCCACGCGCGCCCUCGCCUGCCUGAUCCCCCGUCCAAGCCAGUCCAUUCUGCUUCGAAGCAGCACGUGUUGUCCCAGACCUAACCACCAGAGCUGACAACGUCCAGGAGAAACUAACCCCUAAUAUCAAAUUGUGAAAAACACACAUAACAGGCCAUCUUGUUUCCACCAGGAAAUGCGCUUCGGUUUGCCCUCAUGCUGUGUCCUAGGCCCAAAAAUAAAUCUCUCUUUUUUUUUGUA